GGGGCGUACCUCGUUCAGCAACGACGACGUUGCACAACAGCGGCAACUUUUCUCGCCUUCUUCUCGCUUUCACAUCGACCAAGCGUUUCGCUGUUUGUCGCGCGCGUUUGGUAGUUUGUCGUGCGCGAUACCGUGCAAUGUUGUCGAUGCAGAACGAGGUUCACGCCGUGGCGCCACGUGGACCGCAGCUGGAGGAGAACCUCCAUCGGUCCACGUGGCAGAGCGGAGUGAGAACCUCGUCCCGCAUCGACCACAUUGUGCACUCUGGUCGUUGCAACUGUCCAUUGCAAAACGUGUGCGGUCGCGCUGGUCUUUGCACCGCGGUUUUGACAAAGCAUCUAAUUGUGUACUGCAAUCAGAGCAAGCUAAUGAUGGCAGGGUUGCUUUGCCUGCAAACGGCCAAUUGCGGAGUUGACUUCUGCGCGAUUCUGCACUUUGUUUGGCGCGUGGCGAAAAGUGCCGGUGGGAGAACAGACAAAGGCGAGAAAACACGGCGUGUUGGUUUCCAUGAUGGCACAGGAACAUGCUUAUUCCUUACGAGUCCGAUCGACGUCGAUGUGGCAUAUUUCCUCGAAUGGAAAGACGGCGUGCGCACAAAGCACGAGAUACCCGUUAACACGUCGCAAGUCGUCGACAUCGAGGAGUGGGAAGCGGGGUACAAUCAGCGUUCCUUGGAUCCGGUGCAUACACAGCUGAUCAUCGACGGGAUGACGACUGCCUACUCGCAGGCCUCGAAGACUUACGAGCUGCCCAUACUGAAGCUGGCGCCGUUAGGGUUGGAGAUACCGAAGCCGGGGGUGCGUGCACAGCGUCUGAAGCUCGAGGAGUGGAAGGACGAGCUGGCGGACCAGUACUACUACUACGCUGUUGCCGGCCAGCAUAACGCGGCCGUCGCCAGGACGCUUCUUGGCACAGACGUGGCGGUGAGGUACCACUUCGAGAGGUGGCCUGCGCGAAUGGUAUACUUCUCCGACGCGGACUUUGAAGGGUAUUUUCUGGUCAGCACCGAGGAUAACAAGAAGGACCUGAAGGCGCCUCCGAGACAGCAGAAACUGUCGGUGAAGGACAUCCGCUGGUGCUGGAAGGAAAAGGGUUACCCCAGAGCUGUUAUGGGGAACCCGAGCGGGAAACAGGCUCAAGUGGAGUCUUGGCGCCGGUUUUGUAAAGAUGCGCUUCAAAAGACGCUUGCAUGGAAAAUGGGAAUGGAAUUUUUUGAGAAAUGGGAGACGGGCAGACUGCUGGCACCCGGAGGGGCGAAGUGGAUCGAGAAGAAGAAGAAGGUGAAGAGCGUCAAGGCCGGUGUGAGCCACAUCGAGAAUAACAAGACCGGGCCAAAGGAGGUCGUCUACAACAUCCUCGUCGAAGCGCCUCAUAAGAAAGGAAAAAAAGAAAAGGAAUCCGGCGACUGGUUCGUCCAAGUCAACGAGCCGGAUCCGCACUGCUGGAAAAGCAUGGAAGCCCUCACGGACAAUGAGAAAUGUCGGCUGCUGAAGAAGAUUCUCAACUGCGAGGUGGUGUGGGUGCAGAYCRGCUCCUCUGCGUUGGCAAAGCAGGGGAAGMUGGGGAURCAAGAGGCAGUGCAUCUGGUGAAGUGCGACCGCAUCUUGGUGCGGUUAUGGAACUACUACCAGUUCAAGUAUGAGAAUCGGCCCGACUCCGACUGGACACGUUCGUAUCCCUUCCUGCGGAAAAGAGAGGCGAUUUUGGCGCAGUUCAAAAGUCAGGGACUGGAUGCACCGUUGUGGGACGGAAGCAGGAAACUCGUUGGAGACUCAUCGUUGUUCAGAGACUGUCCCCCGUUCAUGGGCUGCAAGGACGACAAGUCGAUCAACGGCCCCAAGGCGACGGAAAAACUGGUUAUCAACAACAAGUUGUCCAUCGACUGGAAGAACAAGGUCCUUUCCGUGCUGACCGGCAGCAAGUUAAAGAGCAUGGUUGUCGCGCUCGCCGAAGGCAUGGUGCAUAAAGGUGGCAGGACUUGGGGGAUGUGACAUCCAUCGCCCCCUUCGACGUCGAUCCUCUGGAGAAGCAGAUGAAGGUCGUCGAGUUGGAGAAAGCSGUUGGGAUCACGAAAUGCCACACUGCCGUUUUUUAUUUGUGCGAGUCUGUGGACAUCAUACAAUGAACACAACAAGCUUUC